AUGUCGAACUAUCAACAGGCAGAUUCAUCCGGCUAUUCGGCGAGCAAACAAAAAGCUGUCGAAGACGCGCAGAAGGCGCAGGCGUCCGUCGUCAAGCAAUGCGCUGUUGCCGGCAAGGAACCACCGCCAUACAUGCUUUCGGAGCUCAUCGGUAAGGGAAGCUUUGGCCGUGUCUACAAGGCAACUGGCCCGGCGUCAGGACAAGCUGUCGCCGUCAAAAUCAUCAGCAUUGAAGAAGGAGACACCCUGGAGCCCGUUGCGGCCGAUACGUUGAGUGACAUCCUCAAAGAGGUGAAGACCUUGAAGCUGUUGAGAAGUAGCGGUGCGAAAAACAUCAACGCUGUCAUCGACACUCUUCUUGUCGGGCAUUCGGUAUGGAUGGUCACUGAAUACUGCGCCGGUGGCAGUGUUGCAUCACUGAUGCGGCCAACUGGUGGGCUACCUGAGAAAUGGAUCGUCCCAAUUCUCCGUGAAGUAGCCGAGGCCAUCUAUUGGGUUCACAAGCAAGGCAUCAUUCACCGCGAUGUCAAAUGUGCCAAUGUUCUCGUCACCGAACUUGGAGGAGUCCAGCUUUGCGACUUCGGCGUGGCGGGCAUCAUCGAAACAAGGUUUGACAAGAGAAGAACAGUAACUGGAACGUUGCAAUGGAUGGCUCCUGAACUAUUCGACUCGACAGUGUCUUAUGGCAUGGAGGUUGAUAUUUGGGCUUUCGGCUCCAUGGCCUAUGAGGUUGCCUCUGGGUUACCACCAAACGCAACCACAAGAAUCGAUAUCCCACGCUUCGGCUCCUACUUGAAGCAACAUUGUCCUCGUUUAGAGGGUGAUCAAUAUUCACCCCAGCUCAAGAGUCUCGUUGCUUUCUGCCUGGUCGAAGAUCCGAAUCUGCGCCCUCCCAUCGAACAAGUACAGACACACCCGUACAUCUACAACACAAAUGGCGAAUAUCCGACUGCGUCACUUUGCAAGCUCGUGAGUGCCUACAAGGCUUGGGAGGCCCAAGGUGGCAGCAGACAGUCCUUGUUCUCAGCGGGCGGUGCUCAAGGAUCUCAAAACCACCCGUCCCCUAUUCCGAAUGAUGAGUGGGAUUUCAAUGACGAUAGCGAUUUCGAUCAGUCAGAACUCAACAAUCCAGCAGAUGCACAAGCCGUGUAUGAUGCCUAUGGUCUGAGCAUCGAUUUUCCUCAAGCGCGUCCACAGCAACCUAAUCGUCGUCGUCGUCUACCUCCAAAUAUGAAAGAGUUCAAAGCUCCCCUCGCGAAGCUUUUCGAUCCUCAUACCAUCUCCAAUUAUGGGGACAACACUCGUGCCGUUUAUACCAGAUCGGCGUCAUCCGACUUGACCAUUCGGGACGACUCAGAGCACUUGGAUGUUCGCGAAUCAUUGAUCGAUCUCGACAUCUCCUUUGCGGAUGGCGAGCCGGCGCGAAUCACAGGAGCCGACACGAUCAAAGCCAGACCGCGCUCAACUGACGCGACAGAUAUGAAUCGCCGUACCCAGGACUGGACCUUUCCCGCGUUUAUGCCCGCUUCUGCGAACCUGGAUAUGCCACACUCUGAGUCAAGAUUCGCAGACCUAGACACAAUCAAGGCGGCCCCCUCAAGUGGGCCAGGCAACUUGACGAGUCGCCGGACCCAAGAUUGGGUCUUCCCGGGCUUUGCGCCUCCCGCCGAGCUACAUAAGCCGCACUCCGAGCCAGAAGAUGAUGACACGCUCCAUGACCUUAAUCGGAUGUCCGCUCUAAGUCUCAUCGAUCUUGACGCGGGCAUAGCGCCCACAUUUAUGGAUCGCCCUUCUACUGCAGUCUCGGAUGCUACGUCGACUGGGUCAGGGAGUCUUCACACACCCUUUGACCUUGAGCCGCAAACAAAUGGACAAGAUUUCGUUCAUGGGGUCAGAGAACCAUCGAUCUACGUACCUAGAAGUGUUGGGUCCAUCCGAGAGCCAUCCAUCUAUGUGUCUGACGACAUGGACGUGUAUUCCAUACAAACAAGUCAACCGAGUGAGUGUAGUGCCAUGCUGAAUAUCCCUGAUGAAGACCCUAUCGCUUCAGCUGCGCCUGAGAAGGGGACGAACCCAGCCAGGCCACCCACACACCUUCCGCCCGCGCCACCUCCAGUAUCGCAAAACGUGAUGCAGGGAGUUGCCUCCCCGGACGAGGUCAAGAAUGAGCUACGUCGCAUGGUAUCCAGCUUCGCCGAUCAUCUCCAGGCCAUCAAUGAUGUUGUGGGGAGGAUCCUGGUCCGCCAACUAGGACAUCACGGUAGCAACGGAGACCGCCCCAGGGAGCCCUGA